GCAUAGCAAAGGCAGGGAUCGAGUGAGCAUUACACAACAGAAGCAAUGGGCACAUACCCCGCGCGAAUCCUCUACACACGAACACAAAAAGGAAAAAAAAAAAGGGCGCAGACAAUGGAAAGGCUGUGGGCAUCUGAUCAUCCAUUCUCCAAGGGGAGUGAUAACAACAACAACAACAAAUAAAAAGAAAGGGAAAAGUCGACAAUAUGUCGACUUUUCUGGAGCAGCAGCUGUGCCCUGUUCACGAUUUCACAGCUCGGCGGGGCUGUCCAGCUGUGACUAGUUCCUGGAAAGCUUUUUCUGGCUCCUCCUCCUUCCCCCUUCUUGAAUUCCAGUCCUCGUGCCUGGCGGCCAUUUCUUGGCCAAUUGGCGGCCAGGUAAUCUCCGGUGCCCUGUCCCGUCCUUGCAUCAGACACUACAGGGGGUAUUGUAUACCCCUGUUCCAAUCAGCAGCGUAUGGAUCAUCUGGACUAGACUGUGUGCGUGUAUGCAUGGCAGUGCAUUGCACCGUAGUAGGACGUUUACCAAUCGCCUCGAGAGUCUUUCCUCCUCCUCUUCCUCCUCCACCACCACCGCCAUCUCCACAUCAUCUCCUUCGAUCCUUUGAUGUCUGUGGAAGGAUGAAAAGGGGCGGACGUGCAUGUGUUAUGCUUCUAUUCACGGAUGGAAGGGCAAUGGGGAAGAACACAAAAGGGGAAAACGGAAAAAGGAGAAUCGGACGAGCAUCAUGCUGGAUAUGAUCAGCAGUGUCUUUGUGGGCUCUUUUUUUUUUGUCUCAGUAUUGGCAUUUGCAUUGGUAUUUUGACAUUGAACCAUUGGUAUGGGGGCGCAUAAGCACUGGGCAUGAGCGUCACAAUUGGCAUUGGCAUUGGCAGUGACAUUGACAUUGGUAUUGGUAUUGGUAUUGGUAUUGGCAUUGGCAUUGGCAUUGGCACGGGACAAUCAAAAGACACUAUGCCAAUACGAUCUCAGGUCUCGCAUAGCUGCAUGGGUUCUGAUCUGGUCCCAGUCUGGCUUCCUCUCCUCCUUUUGUUUGCAUUAAAGCGGUUGCAUUU